UUUCAACCUAGCUGGCAACCUCCAAAAGAUUUAGAUUUACUCUAUUUGGUUUCUCAUCUCAAGCCUCUCCAUAAUUAAUUAUCGACAUAACGAUCAUAAGGUUAAGCGAAAGAGCUCCCCGACCAUCCUGGAACCUUGUUUUCUCUUGGUCGGACAAAUCACAUCUGAACUUAUUAUUCUGAGCGCCCAGAUACAACACAGGGAAUCAAGCAAACAGAUCGCAUAUCGAUGCUGGUGGUUGCAGGAUGUCAAUUGUUGCAGAGUAAGUGAUUAAUUGUUUGGAGAUGUUUGAAAGAAAAUUUGUUUUUAUUUGGCGUUUGGUUUUUUUUUUUCUCGCGCGGGGGUUUGUGAGAUGAGGGGUUGUUUUUGGAAAUGGGAAUUGCUUGGAGAGUUAAUGAUUAACUUAUUUGUUGAUUUGAAUCUCCUAAUACUGAUUCAAUUCUUCAAUUCUAUUUUGCUCCUUCUCUGAUUCAACUCGCAUACAAAUCACUAACAGUGUCUGCCAUAUAGCCAAAUUCGAAAAGUCGACGCCCAGCUCGACCGCGUCCAACUUGCGCCCUUUCCAUACGCCGCAGAUGAGAGCCUUGUUUCUGCGCAACAUGCUAAAGUCGCUUCUUCGCUGCGGAUAGCUGAGUUACAAGCUCUUGUUAAGGCAUUGAGCACUACGUCGAGUUCUACCGCGCUGCUUCCGGGUCCGAGGAUUAGUAGAUUGUUGGAGCAGGCUGAUUUGAAGGGUGCGGUGCAUAAUGAAGAAAACGAAGAUGAGGAUGAAGAUGACGAAGACGAUGAAAGAGAAUUUGGGGCUAGUAGAGCAGGUAUAAAUGCAUAUUUGAAAAAGUAUGAGAAGGAAUUGGAGUGGUUGUUGGUUAGUAAGGCGACGGUGCAGACGUAUGGCUUGAUAUUGAAUACGUUGUUGGAACAAACAAUUCCGCUUAGUGAUGAUAUUUGGUAUUGGGAUGAAGUUCUAGGCUCGUAUACAUAUUCGGGGUUAUACACUAUACAGACUUCGCCACAGAGAUUGUGGGAUUGGGGGAAGGAUAUUUAUAGUGAUUCGAGGGAGAGAUUGGUGCAAUUGAAGGAAGCGCCUGGGAGUGCAGUUAGGAAGAGUGGUAGGGAUGUGAGAGAAGGGGUUGCGGGGCAGUGGAGUGUUUUCUAUGGGUUGGUGAGGGAGAGUAUUAGGGAGAGAAGUGUGGUGGAGGUGCAAAAGAGGGUGAUGAGUCCGGUUGCGAUUGGAAGAGCAAAGGCCAAGAUGAAUCAGACGAGGUUAAAGAGAUUCAGAGAGAUGGGGGCUAGUGGGUUGGGAGUUUUGAUGGAUGAAGCGUUGAGUUUUGAUAUCGAUGAGGAGGGUGCGGCUUUGAAGGCCGAAGAAUCAGAUAACUCAGAAUGGAAAGAUGUGGUAGAAAGAAGUGUAGCAUUGAUGGAUAAUGUACUUCGCAAUGUUACGGCUCUCGAACAAGGAGUUUCGGAUUUCGAGGAUACUGUGUUUGCUAGUGUGGAGGACGAUCCGGAGAUCUCGAGUGCGGAUAUCUCACCGGAAACAAGAACCAGCAAGCUGUCCAGAAGGUUACAGUAUAUUCUCUCUACGCAUGUACCAAAGCAUGUUACGAAUUCACAAAGGCUUGCAUCGGCUUAUGGACGACCUUCAAGACUCGUUAGGUAUUGGUUACCGGCUAGCAUGUUAUUACUUUCCUCUUCGACUAUACUACGGAUCUUAGUACACAGAAAAGCAGAGAUUGUUACCUGGAUCAGAGAACUCGGAUCUACCAUUCAAGACUUUUGGAUGAAUUGGGUAGUUGAACCUACCAGGAAAGUCAUUGGAACCAUUCGUCAUGAUAAAGAUAGCGAGGUAGCCAUCAUGAGCAAAGAGAGUCUUAAGGGCGACAUGGAAAGCCUUGAACGUAUGGUGGUAGAUUUCGCUCGUGACAAUCCCGAAGCUGCAAAUUAUGGAGUUGGCGCUUUAACAGAUGCUCAAAUCUCUGAAAUCAAAGCUAAAGUCAAGGCAGGCGAUCUCACCCCUGUUCUUCGUGCUUAUGAAAAGGAUAUGCAACGUCCAUUUGUAGGAACGGUCAGAGGAGAUUUGAUCAGAACAGUUUUGAUUCAGGUGCAAAAGACUAAAGUUGAUGUGGAGGUUGCGCUUAAUGGUAUCGAUUCGCUGCUUAAAAGUCAAGAACUUGUCUUUGGCUUUGUAGGUCUCACGCCUGGUGUUAUGGUUUGUUUUGCUGCUUUCAGAUAUUUUGCAACUUUACUUGGGUCACGCAAGGGGCUUCGAAGAGGCGAACGGGCUGGAAGAACAGCAAGAGUUUUGAGAAAUAUUGAUCGUAUCCUAACGAUUGCUACGCCUACGCAAAACAAUCUACUCUCAUACAAAGAUCACGGAUUACUGUUGUGCGAGGUUCAUGUUUUGAGAAAGAGAGCUCAUAGCCUAUUUCCUGGGGAUGUGGAGAGGGAGUUUUUGGAAGAUGUGGGAGAUCUUUGUAACAUCAAUAGUGGUAUACAGGUGCAACUCAAAGUUUUGGAGAGAAUUAGGUGGAGUUAUGGAAGAUGGUUGAGAUAGCUAAGGGGGAGGGGAAGGGAAGGGAAAGGAAGGGAAAGGAAAGGUAACAGAUCCAGGGGUGUACAGUACCGAAAGAACAUAUGCAUAGCGAGUGGUGUUGAUACGAUACGAUACGAUUAGAUGAUGGGAUUGCAUAAAGGAAUAAUGAAAUUAUGGUCGCAAGGCUCAGAGAUUCCAAAGUACUAGGUA